AGGCUUAGCAGUAGUGAAUAAAAUCACUAACGUGGAAAAAGAAAACAAGGCAAAGCAAGUCUUAUCUCGCUGGUUAUCAUCAGAUAAGAAUUAUGUCUGAGAACACAAUUCUUGAGGGGAAAAGAUAUCACAGUUACAGUGAUUAACUAACUGCUCUGUUCUCUUAUUUUGCCCUUUAAAGGGUCUCAAACACAUGCCAUUUGAAAGGCACGCAACUAACCUUGCAAUUUUCAUAAAAGCUGGUUUCUUCCCUUCACCCAUGAUGCCCCGCUCCCUCGUUUUAAUCGUCCAGCUCCUACUGCUGCUGUCCCUUAGCUUCACCGCACGCGCUGAACCUCGGAGGUCCACGACAUCUCAGCGCAGAACUCCUCGCGCACCGGCCGCCAAGGUGCGUCUCGCUGGCAACUUUGUGCGCGAGUCGAACGAAGGGCGCGUGGAGGUGCUGCACAACAACACCUGGGGUACCAUCUGUGAUGAUGAGGUGGACAUUAACCUGGCUAACGUGGUGUGCCGAGAACUGGGGUUUCGAGGAGCGGUAACGUGGGCCCACAGUGCCAAGUUUGGAGAAGGGACAGGUCCUAUUUGGAUGGAUAACGUACGCUGUGACGGCUCAGAGAAGUCCUUGAAGGACUGCAAACACAAUGGUUGGGGGGUAAAUGACUGCAAGCACUCUGAAGACUUAGGGGUUGUGUGCACCCCUGAGCGUAGACUGGAUCAGUCUGCCAGCAGAGGUUACACUACACCUGUCAGGCCUUCUGGCAACACUGCUUCUCAGUGGGGGGGUAUUGUUGCAACACAGAGGCAUCCAGGAUACGGGUAUUAUGGAAAUGGACAUCCAUAUGAGAUCCCAAGGUUCCAAAGGCACCACCAUUACCAGGGUCAAAGUAGAGUACGAAUCGAAGAGGUCCGUCUGCGUCCCAUCCUGUCAGCUACAAAGAAGAAGAACCUUAUCUCAGAGGGUGUAGUGGAAGUGAAGCAUGCUGGAAGAUGGAGGCAAGUCUGUGACCUAGGUUGGAGUCUCAACAGCAGCCGGGUGGUGUGCGGGAUGCUUGGCUUUCCAGAGGCAACUCAGCACAAUGUCAAAACAUACAAGAAAAUAUGGGAUACCAAGGUUCAAGAUCCAUCAACAAGAGUAAGCCUCAUGGCAAAAAAGAAGGGAUUCUGGGUAGAGAAGGUUCACUGUCUGGGCACAGAGAACACCCUGACGGAGUGCCACUCUCAGCUGUCGAUUCCUCGAAGUCCUACCCCUUGUAAGAACGGGCAAUUUGCAGUGGCAAAAUGUGUGCCAGGACCUCAAUUUGCUCGCAUCUCCUCAGGAAGACCCCAGGCUCCUUAUCCACUGGUGCCUGUGCGUCUCAAGGCAGGUCCCAGGCUUGGUGAAGGCCGUGUGGAGGUUCUCCGAAAUGGAAAAUGGGGGACAAUUGUUGAUCACUUGUGGGACAGAACUGCAGCCAGUGUUGUUUGCAGAGAGCUCGGCUUUGGUACUGCCAAGGAUGCCUUGCAUGGAGCCUUUAUGGGCCAAGGUACAGGACCUAUUCAUAUGAACAAUGUGCAGUGUAUGGGCUCAGAACGCUCCAUCCUGGACUGCUACUUCCAAGAAGUCCAACCAUGGACAUUCAAACACACUCAGGAUGCUUCUGUACGCUGUAACGUUCCGAAGACUGGCAUAGAGAAAACGGUUCGUCUUGCUGGUGGAAGAGCCUCUUCAGAAGGACGUGUCGAAGUUUUGAUGGACUUUGGGGGACGGAAGCGCUGGGGUUCUGUCUGCAGCGAAAACUGGGGCAUAAAUGAAGCUAUGGUUGUGUGCAGACAGCUCGGUUUGGGUUUUGCUGCAAGUGCUCAUCAGGAGACAUGGUACUGGCCUGGUACUGCGAAUGCAAGUGAAGUGAUUCUUAGUGGUGCUCACUGUGUGGGAACAGAGUUCUCUAUCCAACAGUGUCGUCGCAACAACCACAUCCACUGCCCUCGUGGAGGAGGAGCUAAGGCCGCCGGGGUCAGAUGCUCAGAGACUGCUCCAGACCUUGUUUUGGAUGCCCAGCUGGUUCAGGAAACAACCUACCUGGAAGACCGACCACUUCAUUUGCUGACUUGUGCUCAUGAAGAGAACUGUCUCUCAUCCUCUGCUGCCAGAAUGAACUGGCCAUAUGGCCACAGACGCCUGCUGCGCUUCUCUUCUCGUAUUAUGAACCUAGGUCGAUCCGAUUUCAGACCCAAGGCAUCAAAAGAAAGCUGGACAUGGCACCAGUGUCACAGGCACUACCACAGCAUCGAGGUGUUCACCCAUUACGACCUGCUGACGCUGAACGGCACAAGGGUUGCAGAGGGACACAAGGCCAGUUUCUGUCUGGAGGACACAUACUGCCCCGAUGGAAUCCAGAAGAGGUUCUCCUGCUACAACAUGGGUGAUCAAGGCAUUUCCGUAGGCUGCUGGGACACCUAUCGCCAUGACAUUGACUGUCAGUGGGUUGACGUGACAGAUGUACGACCAGGGGAUUACAUUUUCCAGGUGGAAGUUAACCCCUCUUUGGACAUGGCUGAGUCUGACUUUAUGAACAACGUCAUGAGGUGUCGGUGCAAAUAUGAUGGUCACAGAGCUUACAUGUAUAGCUGUCACACAGGUGAUGCUUACAGUGCAGAGACUGAAGACCUUUUUGAGCACCAAAGGCAAAUAACCAACAAUUUUGUGUAGCUCAUUCCAAUGUAAAGACCUUCUAAUGAAGCACAGAGACAAUUCAAAGUCGGCUAAAGUCGAAAGGCUCCCCCCAGUAACAUAACGACAUGGGCCCUGCUAAUGUCCUUGGAGAUCUGGGUAAAAUAUUUAAGAACUCAUCAUGUGACAGCAGCAUUCAUUGCAGCAUCUUCCAUUGACUAAAACAUCCAUCGACAGCAAGAGAGAAACAGGUGUCAGUUUGUUCAAAUUGUUUCCGACCUGUACUAAGGAAAACUUAACUUAGAUUUAGAUUUUAACUCUUCUGGAUUUUAGCAAAUUAUCUAAAUCUUACAAUCAAAACUAACUAGGAAUAGGUAAACUGGUAUCGUUCUCAAACCGGAAGAUAUGAAAACCUGAGAAAAAGAUAUGAGAUGAGAUUUUGUGAAUUUUGUCACAAAAUGUUGUGUAACGGGUUUAUGAGACAUUUUUCUAAAAAGUGCCACAUAUUUAGGCUGUUGGCAUAAGCGUUCAAAGUUUCCCAUUUAACUUUAUAUCUGACUCAUUUUGAAUUUUGGUGCUUUCUUUUUCUUAACCAGUGAUACUGUAAUAAUUUGUCACAUUAACCUCAAUGAGUUUCAUAUGAAAGAUUUUGUACAGUAUAUUUUGGAUAAUUUUCAAUAAUAGACAUAUUUUAUUUUAUUAACUUUUGAAUUCUAACUAAAUAAUCUUUGAUUUUUUUUUUUUUUAAAUAUGUUGUGUUUCACCUUUAGAGGAGAUAACAGGAGGUUAGUUUUUUUCAUAUAAGAAAGCACUUUAUCUUUAAAACAAGUAUUCAAAUUUAGUCCCCAUUUUUGAUUCACCCGAAAAUUUUAGAUGUUUUAUUUUUAUUUUUUAUUAUUUGCUUUCUCAUUUUACAUCCUGAAAAGUCAAAUGGAAGGAUUUUGUUAGUCUUCUUGUUCAUUGUGCUACUUACGCUGUAUUUUAUUACUUUAUUUAUUGGGAUUUACACAGCAUGAUCAGUAUAGAUUCUUUGCUAUAGCAUUUAACCUAACAUAUCUUCUAUUUUUUUUUUUCCGACAAACAGGGUUAAAUCUUUUGCAGUAGUUACAUUUACAUUGGAAGGUUUCCAUCCUGUAGAUAAAUGAGCGUAGAUUUAUUUUAUUUUAGUCAUUAAAACAAUUCGAGCUGUGCAGUUUUCCUCGUCCAGCCUCUCUGAGGGGAGGGAAACUGGUCUGACAAAACCACAGUAUUGUGGUAGACAGGCAGGCUGGGUUUUGAAAGCAUAUAAAAAGCCUUUUAAUUACCUCUGUUUGGUUAGACUUACGGUUAUGGUUACGAUUGAGGGCUUGAACAUGUGCUUUAUAAAGAAACACCAUAGAAUUGUUACUUAUGCAAUCAUGAAAAAGACAAGAAUUUGGAUUUCCAUCUUUGCAUAAACUGCAAUACAGAUACUGAUUAUCUAAGAGAUUUAGUGAGGGAUAAAAGGAGUGAAGGAAAGAACGAGAAAGGGGUGAUAUUUGGCAAAGGAUUUAUUUAGAUGUACAGUUUUUACUUAAAAAAAAAACUGCCUCCUUGUUGGCCGCCUCAUGGAGACCACAGGCUGGCAUUUUCUGCUCCUCAACAGAAACAACAUGUUUGGGAGGAAAAAUAAACUAUUCAUGCUUCAAAGCAGUAAACACUGGCCUUGUUUUAAACAAAAACAGGUCUUCUGAAAUGUACUGUAGUCUGUCCUUUUUUUCUGAGUUAGUAGUAGCUCAACAGACUUUUAAAAACCUCCACGGGCUUUUUCCCAGCUUUUAAUUGUCUUAGUGUUUGAACCUAUUCAUGAAAUUCAUAAAGUCAGAUGUAGACCUAAUAAAUUUUCUGAUAAGAUAAAUCUUUGUCAAUGUAAUAACUACAAUAGGUUGUGGUUUUUUUUAAAUAUUGUUUCUUGAAACUCCAGAAAUGUUGAAUUUAAUAUUUGCUGUUAUGUUCUUUUGGAUUUUGACAUGCUACCAUUGUCUGUUGUUUGUGUUAUUUAAAAGUAUGUCAUUCUACAGCAUGAGUUGGUUCAUAUUCCUCAUUUUACUGUAUUGCUACCUAUGCCCUAUGCAUAGCACUGGGAUAUUGUCUUCUAUGGCCAGUUUGCUUAUGUCUUUAAAGCUGAGAGUGAAUACCAAAAAAAGCGCUGAUAGACAGUUAUUUUCAUAGAAAGCUGUACUCUCAGGGACUUUGACCUCAUUUAAAUACUUAAAACAAUAUAUUUCAUAUGAUGUGACUCGUUUGAAUUAUUAUUAUUAUUAUUAUUAUUAUUUUUCUUUUGCUGUGAUGACAAUAAAUAAACCAGAGCGGUUUUGAAAUGUUGGUGCUCUUACAAAAACUAAUUGGUACCCACAUGUUUACUCUGGAGGUAGGAAUUUAAAGGAUGACAGUGAUAAGCUUUGCUACGUUUCUGUCCUGAAGGAAGUUCAGAUAACUGUGGAUGAGCAUUGUCUGAGUCAGAGCCAAAUCACAACCCAUUCAUCCAUCAUUACUGUGAAUCAAUAAAACUUCAUCUCACAUUAAA